AUGCCAGAAAUAACAAUAGAUCCUUUGCCGUCAAUCAAGGCUAAAGUUGACAAAUUGUCCAAAGAUCAGAUAGAUGAUUUUUUUGUAUCAUCUAGUGAGAUUGUUCCUCUUGAAAAAACUAAAAGUAAGAAAAAGGCAGCUCAGACCAAAGUGCGAUAUUGCUUUGGGGUAUAUGCUAUAAAAAAGAAAAUAGCCAAACGAAGUAAAGACGUAAAAAAGUAUUAUAUGCAAGUGUAUAUUAAUAAGAAUGUCCUUGGUCAUUGCCAAUAUAUACUGAGAGAAUAUGGAAUAUUGUAUGAUCGUGGAUAUUACUUGAUAGCAGAGUGGCCUGAGUUUGGAACAUUGUUUGAAUUUCUUCGAGAUGAAAGAAAUGAUCAUAUUGUUAACUGGAAUUGGAAACUCACACAGGCAUAUAAUUUGGCACAAGCACUUGCAUUUUGUCAUGCUAAAUCUAUUCUCCAUCAAGAUAUUAGAAGUUUAAAUGUAAUAGUUAAUCAGUUUGAAGAGGCAAAAUUGACCAAUUUUCACUAUCAGUCUGAAUUAAUGGAUAAUUCAUGUGUCUUUGGUGAGGGCAAUGAGACAGUCAGAUGGCAAAGUCCUGAAAAGAUGUUAAAUAAGACUCUGGCGUUUUCAAGAGCAACAGAUGUAUACAGUUUUGGUAUGUUGUUAUGGGAAAUAUCAGCUCAUAGGAUCCCAUAUGAGGGAAUAGAUGCUGCAACAGUCAAACGAAGAGUAGUUUCUGGUCUUAGACCUGAAAUUAAUGAACAAACACCACCAGGAUAUGCUAAGAUAAUGAAGUCAUGCUGGGAUCAAAAUCCUAUUAGGCGUCCUCAAAUGAGCAAUGUUUGGGGUGAACUCCAACAGCUGUGGGAUUCAGGCUCUGUAUGA